AUGUGGGCAGAUCGCCAGGAUGAGGCAAGAAGUCCCUACCAGCUCUGGGGAUACGUGGAUGACGAUGACCUUCCGUUGGUGCCACCACCACGAACGUUGCAAGUCUUGGCGACGCCGACCAAGAGAGUUCUUGGUCAACGUGGCUCGCCGCUUCAAGACGCAUACCCAAAGCAACUGGAAGCUGCUGGCUUCAGCACCUCUUCCAGUAGCAAUACCCGAGGUUCAGAAACAAGCCGAUUGUUUGCCGAGAAGGUUCGCGGGUCGCCCAUGUUCCAGCAAUGGAGCACGUUGGGGGAAUUCCGCACCGUCAGUGAUGUCCUGAGCAAUGUGGGACUUAGCGAUGAGGCUUGGGAAGGCUGGCUACGACACAUCGGUCCCCUUGGCGAUGACUUGAGGAUCUUGGCCUCUCUGCCAGCAGUGGCAGUUGUGGCCGCAGUUGGACAGGCUGUGAAAGCCAAUGGCGAUGCACUCAACCCAGUUGAGGCGACCCAAGUGGGGCUGGCUUGGCGAACGGCGAGGAGAGUCCUUGCAAUGACGUCAGGCAUGGACGAGGCACAGUUCGUGGAUGUUGACCCGUGGGCUCCUACGGUAGCGGGGGCACUUCCACCAGUGGCUAAGCCGGCAGCUUCGGGAGUCAAAGAACAUGUACUUAAGAUGGCAGCACUGGUGGACCAAAGUGACGAGUCGGAGCUGAUGCCUCCAACAAUGGAGGAGGUGCAUACGUGGACACAGAACUUUGUGUUGGUGAUGGGAGCGAUGCCAGAUGAUGUCGAAGAACCGACACCAAACCAACUUGCAGCUCUUAACAAGCGGGUGGUGAAGUUGCUGGCGGCGCCAUACGUGGAUUUUGCCGUGUGGUCACCGUUUGAGAGGAGAGCUUCAAAGACCCAUAGGUUCAGAGUGUUCACACCCUUGGGAAAUGGACAAUUCCUACAAAGGGAUUUACCAGGGCCCGGAAACUUCAUGGCGUGGUCAUCGAGCUGGAGGGUCUUCAGGGCGGCAGCGAUCAUGCUGAAGAUCUGCAGCUUGGCGGCGUUGGAAGCCUAUUACAGGCACGUUGAAAGGCUGGUGACGCAGUGGCCUCAAUGCUGGGGCUUGAUCUACAGUGCGGAUGACACCGCAAGAGCAGAGAAACUGGAGAAGUGGCGCAGGCAUUGGACAUUAGAACAAAGUAGGGGCCGUCAAAUACCUGGAGACUGGGAUGCAAAUGAUCCUUGGUCUUGCAUUUUUCACUCCCUGAUUGGGGAUGAGAAGUACUGGUCAGAGAAGGUCCACAUUCCAGCCGCGGCGUGGCUUGCUUCUGGAGGCAGAGGAGUCCCUGUGGUGGCUGGUGAGGCAGCAGUGACAUCGCAGUUCCCGGGGUUGAGAGAAGAUUCGGAGGAUGACAGACCAGCCGUCUCAAGAGAGGCAAAGCGUGAGAAGAGGAUCAGAAAACGUCGCAAAGUUCAGGCUGAUCUUCAGGAGUUAAAGCACCUCAAGGCGGCCAAUGAGAAAGCAUCUGACAGAAGCAACUUCCAACCGAAAGGAAAGGGAAAAUCCAAGAGCAAGGACCAGAGCGGAGGGGGCGAGCUCGGAGUGGACUGGGGCGGUGAGGAAGACCCGGGACAUGCUGAAGCGAGUCCCCCAGAGCCCGAGGCAAAGAAGCUGAAGACGCAGCAUCAUGGAGCCGACGCCACAAAGGUGCAAGAGGAGAAGGUCGUGCCAAAAGAAGACAAGGAAGGGCCUGCUGAGGCGAAGAUACCAGACAGGGUAAUGAAGGCACUGUUGGACUCCAACUCCUUUGAAGAAUUCAGAAGCAAAAGAGUCUUCAAGUUCUUGCACGUUUUCUCAGGCCCAGAAGACGUCCUAGCUGCGGCGAUAAAGACCGAGGCGGUGAAGGAACGGUUGAAGUGCGAAGUCACUUCACUGGACAGACAGCUGGACAAACGGGUGGACAUGAGCGAUGCAGAACAACAUAGAAGACUGUGCAAGGAAGUUAGAGAAGGAGAGUAUGAUGGUCUGCAUGCAGGUUUUCCGUGCGGGUCCUUUUCGAUGGCAAGGUGGUCGAAAAACCCAGGGCCACCGCCUGUCAGGUCGACGGAGGAGAUCUAUGGCCUCAGCACGAAUCCCGCUGAACGCCAAGCAGAAGCAGACCGUGGCACUAUGUUGGCGGCAAGAAGCGGGUGGCUCAUGGAGGCGCAGGUGGAAGCAGACCAGGAAAGAAGAGUAUCGUCGGCAGCAACACUUGAAAACCCUCCAGGUGAUGAGAGGUGUGGGCCGGCUUGGGAGCUUCCGGAGAUAAAGCAGUCCCUGGAGAAGGUCGGGGCAUGCAAGGUGCCCUUCAACACGUGCGCCUACCAACCAAGGGCCAAGGUAAGACACUAUAAGCCGGCGAUGUGGGCUGGCAAAUUGGAGGGUCUGCCGUCACUCAGCAGGGUUUGUCGGUGUCCAGCAUGGAUCAUACAUGAACCGCUGGUGGGCAAGGCCAAGACGGAGAGGGCAGGCAGGUAUCCAGAGGACCUAUGCGAAGCCGUGGCAAAGCUCAUCUUGGCAGGGUGGAAGAGGAUCAUCAAGCUGGAAUUCUGGCGACACCAAGUGACGCAGCAGGAGAAGGCGGUUUCUGAAAUGCAACACAAGUGGCUGAUCAAUGAGGAGAAGCGCUUCGACAAACCGCGGGAGACAAGGGAGUCCAUGAAGAAGUUCACAAACUCCCUCACCAGAGCUCUGGCAGCAGAGACGGAAGAGAAGGAAUACAUCCCUUCGUCAUCGAGGAGAGCUUCAAACAAGGAGGUGAAGGAGAUCCUCAACGAGGUGGCGAUCGGGGGAAUGAGAAACCCGUCCAAGGCAGUGGCAAGACUCCACAGAGUACGGGAAGUUGGCGAUCAGCUCAGGAGGGAAUGGAACGCCUUCGAGUUGGAGGAGUGGGACAUCGUUGAUGUAGCGGUGGCCUACGGUUCGGAAGAGGCAAAGUUCUUGCAGGGCAGGUUGGAGGAAUGGGAGACCAGAGUGGUGAAACUCUGGAACCUUAGAGAGGAGGACAGGGAGGUGACACUGAAACAACAAGAUGAGUUCACCUCCCCGCUGAACUAUGAACUGUGGAAGGAGUGGCAAAGGAGAAGCAAAGACCCAGAUGUCCACCUGCCAAAGCACAUCAAGAAUGGGGUCCCCAUGGGAAUGGAAUUGGAGAUACCGGACUCGGGCGGCGUCUUUCCCAAGAUCCUGGGCGCACGUGAACCGGAGGAAAUACCAGAGGUGGAGUUUGCGGUGUUGAAAGAGACCUCCAACUACAGGAGCGUGUCGGAGAACUUGGAGGACGCCCGAAUCGAGAUAAAGCGGUACUUGGACAAGGGAACGCCCGGAUGGCAGCAAGAAGAGAAGAAUCGUGAUCGACAUGAAGCGGUCGCAGGGCAACGCAAGGAGGUCGGUGAAGAAGGCAGGGUUGGAUGGGACGAGAUAGAGUUCGCCAUGAUAGACCUCAGAGAUGCCUUCUGCCACCUGGCAGUGGACCCAAAAGAGUGGAAGCAUUCGGUCACUCCGGAUGAGGAGGAAAAGGGAGCUCUGCUGUGGCCGGCUAUGCUGUUUGGUUACAAAGCGGCACCGUUGCAUAUGGGAAGGCUGGCAGCUGGCAUUGGAAGGCUGCUGCAAUCCAUGGUGUCGCCGGCUGAGAUGAGCACCCAGAUCUACAUGGAUGACAUCAUACUGGUGCUCCGGGGCCCUCUGAGACACAGGAAUCACAUCCUGGCGAUGGUCCUCUACGUCCUUCAGACCAUGGGGGUGCAGAUAGCGCUGGAGAAGGGCGAGAGAGGGUCAAGGGUGAAAUGGAUUGGGACAACCCUUGAGUUGAGGGAGAAGGAGCUCAUGAUUGGGAUCCAGUCAAAGAUGCUAGAGGAGAUUGAGACGGAGCUGAAAAAGUGGCCCAAUAUGGGAAUGAUCCCCAUCAGAGAGGUCAGAAGAAUCACGGGCAAACUCAGCUGGGUGGCGGGCGUAGUGCCAAGAGUGAAAUGGGUGGUCAACGCCCUCUACAGCACCAUGGCGGCAGUGCAGCGGGAUGAGGAAGAGGGCCUGGAGGAGAAACGGGCUGCGCAGCGAGCCGACACAAGACCCAAGAAGGGGCUGAUCCCGUUCAAGAGGUUGAAGAACCCGGUCGAUUGGGUGAGCCGGCUGAUGCAGCGCAAGGACAUCCUCCUCUUCCGCUCAGAGCCCUUCGUGGAAAAGAAGAUCCAGUAUGGCUUGGUGACGGAUGCGAGCCCGUUAGGCUUGGGCGGAAUCCUGAUAAGGCUGUCGCUGGAUGGAGAAAGGUAUGAGAUAGUGGAGGCAUUCGAGGCAGAGUUCAAAGAGGAAGAUGCAAAGCGGCUGAAUGUGGCGCAUGGAGAAGCUUCGUCGCAGAGCGUGGUGGAAACCCUCGCGGUGCUGCGAGGCCUGCACAAGUGGGCGGCGAACUUCAAGGGCAGGCCGAUCUUGCUCCGGAGCGACUCGACGGUAGCUCUGGGAGUCACCAAGAAGACGGGAAGCCCGUCGCCGCAGCUGAACUACCUGGCGGCAGAGAUCUCCCUCAUGUUGGAGCUCCACCGAAUCCAGCGAGUGGUCGUGCAGCACUUGCGGGGGGCAGACAACAAGGAGACGGACUGGCUGAGUCGCAUGCAUGAUCGGGGCGACAAGCCAAAGUCCCUGGAAGGAGUGAAGAUUUUUCGCCUUGCACCGUGUUUUACGUGCAAGGAGUUGUUCUCGCUCGCACCUCCUGGAGGGGAGGGCCAAGGUAGUUGGGCCGGGGACGAACAGCCUGCAGACACCUUCAUUGGAGGGGACAUGGCGCUGGCCUUGCAAGGUUCCCUAGCCAUCACGGAGACAAAGGAGCCUCAGACAGGGUCCUUAUGGAUUUUGAAACUAUGGCUGGGCACGGUGGUCCUCGGGUUCCUGGCUGGAGCGUGGUAUGGGCAAUGGCUGCCGCGGCUUUGCCAAAAGGUCUAUCAGCCCAAGGGCAUCAGCGGCCAGAAAGAAGGUAAAGGAGGCGGAAAGGGCAGAGAGCCCAAGGAGUCCCGAAAGUCACAGGGAGAGGCAUGCCCGGCGAGGGAACACGCAGGUGGUGUCAAGGAUGCUCGAGGCGGUAAGCCCCAAAGUGCCCGGAAGAGGAGAGUGAACUGGCAAGGGAUGACAAACCUCUUGUCCUCGAAAGAUUGGAAGAGGAAGGCUGUAGCAAACUUGAGAGGAAAGAUGUUUGCAAAAUCCACACUGGCCAGCAGAGCUUCCAAGAGGAAAAGGCUUUGUGACAUUCUGCUGAAGGUGAAGGGCGAGAAAGAUUUCUUCCCGCUGGACUCGGAGGAACUGGAAUUGGUGGGAGCCGUUCUGAGUGAAGCAGAUCUCAAAGCGGGCGAACAAUACAUCAACGAGGUAAAGCUCAUGCAGCUGGAGGCCGGCUGGGCGUGGGAUGAAGUUUUGGAGAGGCAACUGGCCAUGGUGAAAAGAGCUCUGAGAAGAGAUGUUGGCCCGGACAAACGAGCCAAGGAGGUGAAACCCGAAGGAAUUUCUGUAGAAGAUCCCAAGGAAGUGGACAAGCAAGGUGAAGGAGCUCCAGCCUUCCCCAAGAUGUCCUACGUCUUUGCAGCAGUGUGGAUGCUUAGGAGUGGGGAGGUGGUUGGUUUGGACAGCGGCCACCUGGACUUGGACCCAACGGGUAAGAAGGUAUCCUUGCUCAUCCCAAAAUCCAAGAUGGACCAGGGCAAGCGAGGAGUAAAGCGGACCCUCACUUGUUGCGGCCACAGACCUUGCAAAUCAACGUGUCCGUGGAGGAUCUCUGUCAGAGUGAAAAACUAUAUGGCAGGGCCAAAUGAUGAGGACCCGUUGAUCGCGGAUGGAGUGGGCUGCAGAAUCUCACGAUUUCAAUUAGUGAAGUCGUGGGUGAACCACGUCGACGAAACCAUGUCAGGGCACUCUGCUCGGAGAUCCGGAGCCAUGUUCUACACGAGAGAAAGGUGGAGUUUAGCAGACCUCAUGUUUCUAGGCCGAUGGAAGAGCGCGGCGGUGUUCAGAUACAUGGAGGAAGCGAUGGCUGAACUCCCCAUCAAUGAGUCGGUGAAGAAGGAAAGGAAAAUCGAACCAGCCACAACAGUGGUGAAUGUGGACGAAGAGGAUCCGCCAUUAGUGGUGAAGGGCCCGGAAAUUAAAUCGCAAGGGGCAAACAAGAAGCCCUUGUGGGCGAUCUCAAUCAGCUCAAGAGGCAAAGUUGCUCAUCGUGUUGGCAAAGCUUCCUGGGGCAUGCCCAUAGCAGAAUGGACCACCAUCUGCGGGUGGCACUUUGCCCGCAACAACGCGAGAGUGGAACUCACCCGGUUCAAGGAGCUUCACAUCAACUGCUGUCAAAAGUGCAAGGGGCUACACUCACUGCGCGACGGAGUCAAAGGAGGGGUUGAGCUGGCGCAGCUUGUAGAAAUUUGA